AUGCCUUCUCAUAAAACUUCAUAUCGUAACAUCCCUCUUUCCAUCACCCCGCCCCAUUCUCCCGCUUUCCAUCACCCCGCCCCAUUCUCCCGCUUUCCAUCACCCCGCCCCAUUCUCCCGCUUUCCAUCACCCCGCCCCAUUCUCCCGCUUUCCAUCACCCCGCCCCAUUCUCCCUCUUUCCAUCACCCCGCCCCAUUCUCCCUCUUUCCAUCACCCCGCCCCAUUCUCCCGCUUUCCAUCACCCCGUCCCAUUCUCCCUCUUUCCAUCACCCCGCCCCAUUCUCCCUCUUUCCAUCACCCCGCCCCAUUCUCCCGCUUUCCAUCACCCCGCCCCAUUCUCCCUCUUUCCAUCACCCCGCCCCAUUCUCCCUCUUUCCAUCACCCCGCCCCAUUCUCCCGCUUUCCAUCACCCCGCCCCAUUCUCCUUCUUUCCAUCACCCCGCCCCAUUCUCCCGCUUUCCAUCACCCCGCCCCAUUCUCCCGCUUUCCAUCACCCCGCCCCAUUCUCCCGCUUUCCAUCACCCCGCCCCAUUCUCCCGCUUUCCAUCACCCCGCCCCAUUCUCCCUCUUUCCAUCACCCCGCCCCAUUCUCCCUCUUUCCAUCACCCCGCCCCAUUGUCCCUCUUUCCAUCACCCCGCCCCAUUCUCCCGCUUUCCAUCACCCCGCCCCAUUCUCCCUCUUUCCAUCACCCCGCCCCAUUCUCCCGCUUUCCAUCACCCCGCCCCAUUCUCCCUCUUUCCAUCACCCCGCCCAAUUACAUUCUGACAAGACGGACCAUCAUCCUUUGCGUACUAGACAUGCCAUCGCCAUGGCGGACGAGGCAGAGCGCACCAAGCCGAAGCCGUUCAAGGCGGAGUAUGCCAGCCAGGGGGUCUUAUAA